UUCCUCAACGGAAUGCUGAUUUUUGUUUCUUUUGUCGUUUGAAUUUUCUUUAGCCAUUUUAAAGACAAUGUUCUGGCAGUUAAAUAACCUUUUUUGAAUACAUGAUGUUGGAUGUCUAUUGCUUGUUUACUAACAUGUGGGGCUGGAUUGCUUUGGCAGUUUUCAUUGUUUUUAUCAUCAUUUUGUACCUGCUCUCUCCACUGAUAUCUCCACAGCCAAUAAUCCUACACAAUGCCCAUGUGAUUAUUACAGGAGGCUCAAGUGGCAUUGGGAAAGCUUUGGCUGUUCAAGCAGUGCAGCAAGGAGCAAAAGUGACAAUAGUUGCUAGAGAUAAAGCAAAACUUGAGGAAACAAAAGCAGAAUUAGCUUCAUUUAUACCAGAUGAAAAAGUUGAAGAGCGAGUCCAGUUGAUAUCUGUUGAUUUAUCCAAGGAUUAUGUAGCAGUAGAAAAUGCAUUACACACUGCUGAAUCAAACUUUGGCCCAGUAGAGUGUCUAAUAAACUGUGCAGGCACUUCAAGCCCUGGUAGAUUUGAAGAACUGCCAAUUACAGAUUUUAAGAAAAUGAUGGACAUCAACUAUUUAAGUGCUGUUCAUGCCACAAGGGCUAUUAUCCCUAGUAUGAAAAUACAUGGCAGAGGCCGCAUUGUCUUUGUGUCAUCUCAGGCUGGACAACUUGGUCUUUUUGGGUUUACUGCUUAUUCUGCUUCUAAAUUUGCUUUGAGAGGACUAGCUGAGGCCUUACAGAUGGAGGUGAAACCAUACAAUAUACAUUUAACCCUUGCCUUCCCUCCUGAUACAAAUACUCCUGGCUUUCAAGAAGAGCAGAAAACAAAGCCAAUAGAGACAAAACUAAUAUCAGAGACAUCUGGAUUGUUUACUCCUGAAAAUGUUGCCAGUAUUAUUCUUGCAGACACUGUGCGUGGAAGGUUCUUCAGUACAAUGGGUCUAGAUGGGUUAAUGUUAGCGUGUGUAACAUGUGGCUUUUCACCAGUUACAUCAUUAAUGGAAGCAACUCAACAAGUUAUAACAAUGGGACUAUUCAGGAUUAUUUCACUUUUCUAUUUGGACCACUUUGAUAGGAUAGUCCAUAGGUGUAAGCUUGAGAAGGAUGCUAAAGAAAACAGCAAAAAAAUGUCAUAAUAUCAGUUGUUUUUAAAAAAAGCUUUAAGCUGUGGGAUGAUAUUUAGCUUCCAGAAUCAUACAUAACAUGUUGUUUUAAACGUAUUACAUCUGUUUAAGGUGCCAUACAUUUUAACUACUUUAUAUUACUUUCUGAUAUAUCAUACAGUUAAAAAAAUUGGGAUAUGUCUGGACGAGUUAGAAAUUUCUUUUUUUAUGGAUAAUUGGGGUUUGGGUCUUUUAAUUAUUUUGCUUUUUUAAAAAGAUUAUCUUUAAAAUGUUCUUAAACUUAAAUGUCAAGAUUUUUAAUAUUGAGAAAUAAAAUUAUGUUAAUUGUUAUAGAAUACACAAUAUCCAUACACUGUUUUUAAAAAAAUUCUCUAAAGCUUAUUUUUAUACAUUAAGUUUACCUAGCACAGUCAAAAAAUACCCUAUUUUAAUUAUUUUAAUACUUAGUUUACCUUAAUUGAACUUUUUGCAUUAAUCACUGUUGGAUUAACCUCACAUUUGUUGUUUGGAAGGUCCACAUACUAAUUGUCCUUUGGGUGAAAAGUAUAAACUAAAUAUUUAUUACCAUUGCACUGAAGAAUUUUAAAUAUAUUCUGUAAACCACUUGGGUACAACAAUGUAAGGACAAUAUAAACUCUCAAAAAUGUGUACCUGUGUAGUUCACUAGGUAUUGGGCCAUUGAUUUGACUUGCACAAAAAUAUUUACCAUAUUCUUACUAACAUUUUUCUUUACAUGCUUUUGCAAUAUGUUAAUAUAAAUUGUGCUUAAUAAACAUUUAAUUUUCAUUUGACAAAUCAAUAUGCUGUUGCCAUAAUAUGUUGAAUUCUUCUCAAGUAUGCCAUUUUAGCAAAUCGCAAAUAAGUCAUGUUCCCUGGGAUUGUUUUGUGAAACUAGAGCUGUGUUUAUGUACUUAUUACUGCAGUAUUUUGCAUCCUUUGAAGGUGAUAAGAGUUUAAUAAACCUUGCUUGUUUAAAAA